CCACCGUACGAUUAACACAAUUAGGGCUGUACUAUGCAUACACUAAUUCCCGCGUUCCACAUGAAUAUUUCCCAUCGCCAUGCAAUGCCAUUGCCAUUGCAGUUGCAGUAGCUUCGUUUCGAAUACACACUCGCAUCUUUUCCACACGCGAUUUCACGCGCCGACACUCCCAAUAAAAUCUGUUCAACUUUAUUCAAUUUACCCCUUUCGCUCCCUCACUCUUUUCUGAGCAAAACAGAAUCUGCACCGUCCACCUGAAAUCCCUUUUAUUUUAUUUUAUUUUUUUUUGUCUCCGAUGAAGAAGCUCUACCGGAGAAGAGGAACGGUCCACCCAUCGCCGCCGAUCAUCUCCGACCAUCUCUCCUUUCUCCCCACUGCCAUCCUCACCCUCGCGGCGGCGCUUUCACCGGAGGAUCGAGAGAUCUUAGCCUACCUCAUCUCCUCCUUCUCCAACGACUUCACCACCGUCAACAACUUCUCCGGCCACCGCGGCAAGGCGGCCCACCAGAAACCCGCCGCCGCAAGGAGCGGUUCCGAUCACCCUCCAGUUUUCUCCUGCAACUGUUUCCGGUGCUACACCAGCUACUGGGUGAGAUGGGAUUCCUCUCCAAAUCGGCAAAUCAUACACGAAAUCAUCGACGCUUAUGAAGAAACAUUGGCUGAGAGCAAAGCCGGCAAGAACAGUAAGAAAGAGAGGAAGAAGAGGAACACCGGGUCCGGAUCCGGGUCGGUUUCCAGUCCGGGUGAUGGGAAGGGGUCCGAAGUCGCCCCGAAGGUAGAAGAGUCGAGGGUGACGGAGAUGGAGGCGGCGGAUGGCGGCGGAGGCGGUGAGAAUGAGGCGGAGAAAGGGUCCGUGAGGUGGAUUGUGAGUUACAUAGGGGAAAAAAUCUGGGGAGGUUGGAAUUAGGUUCUUGUUCUUGUUCCUUUGAUUCUGGUUCUUGUUCUUAGUUGUAUAUAGAAUCUUAUGAGUUUUCAUGUACAAAUUUUUUGUAUUUAUAAAUUAGUUCACAUGAACACUUAAUUUCAACAUAA